AGGUAAGGGUUAAAAAAAACUCUACUGAUAAUGAUAUGCUGUCACUUUUGCCUUUUGUCAUGAGCAUUUUUUUUGUAUAAUGGAACAUAGACAACACAGAUUUGAGCACCGGUAGUAUAGUGUAAAACAAAAGUAAAUCAUUGCGUCUGUUUUCAAAACAAAUAUACCAAAUCAUUUGUCCAACAUAUCCGAUCACUGACAAAAAAUUCGUGAGCUAUACACUGGUAGUUGGUACAAAUGAGAAAUGUUUCGAGCAGACAAAUCUAACAAAUUCGACUUGGGUGAGCUGAAGAGAAAACUUAAACGUAUUGCUGAUGGUAGCAUCUUGUCUUAUCGCCGGAUAUUUCUGCUUCUACUGGGAGUAUGUGUGUUUUUCUAUAUUUUGCCACCGGUUUUUCGCUAUCUGUUCAUGCGUACACCAGAGAUAAAGGAUCCACAUAUGCAGUGCAUGGACGACCGUUUAACUCCAUUUUUCCUGCAAAACUAUGAGUUCGAUUCCAAUAUACGUCACGUGCCACCCAUAUCCGGAGAACGUAAUUUUAUACCUUAUAUUGGUAAUGGAUAUAUUGGUAUGGAGGUCGCACAUGAUUCCUCCUUGAAUAUAAAAUCGGGCCGAUCAAUGCAAUUGCCAAUGCAAUUCCAUCCAGUUGUCUCGGUAGCACAAAGAAACGAAGCUGGACGAGAGGCAACGGUAGUUGAGUACUUGUCUGGUACAGUGCACAGAUUUCAAUGCUUCUCAAAUUAUUUUGUCGCCUAUAAUUACUACGCACACCGUACGCACCCGAGCAUCUUAAUGCAGGAAAUUAAAAUAACCAAUACCCGAAACACCAUAGAGGAGGUGGAACUGAUUUUCCCCCGUAGUUACUUUCAGUCACCAACCUCACAUACAAUUAAAUUAGGUUCGUCAACUCAAUCGUCUGUACUGAAAGAUUUUGACGUUACCACGGGAAGUAUUUUAGUAAAAGCGGACGAUCCCACUCGCGUCAUUGUAGUGAGUGUUGUCAAACCACAAAUGAGUCGCAUCGUUCAGCUGAAGAAACGUGGCGCUAUCACCAUAAUAUUUCCAAUCUCAGUACAUUAUUCACAACCUAUAACGCUUGACAAGUUGGAGGGAACCCAACAAGAUGUAGAAAAUAAAGCUGUACAAGCUAUGACAAAAGUUUUGCAGAAAUUACAAAACAAACCCGAUGCACAACCAAAUGCACAUACAUUUCGCCAAGAGCACGUUAACGUUUGGUCUGAUUUGUGGGCUACCGGUUUCAGUAUUAGUACAUCUAAAGCAGAGAACAGUUUAAAUGGUGAUCGCAUUAAUGCUUCCAUGUAUGCAGUUUUAUCCCAAACACGCAGUUAUGAAUAUGAAGAGUUUGCUUCAUUAAAAUCGCCUAGCAAACAGGAAAUUGCUAAGGCAUUAACAUAUGCCGAAGGUUGUUAUGAUUCGUACUAUACCUUGCAAGCCGAGAAUCUUUGGUUGACCGCUGACACUUUGGAAAAACUCAAUAAUUUAGUAUCAUCAUGGAUGGUUACUUUAGAAAAGCAGGGUUGUCACAAUCUUAUUCGUGCUGGCGCUUCAGGAGUAAUACAAGCUAUGGUUUUAAGCUUUGGCAGUUUUCGUUUCAGCAAUCAACAUUUGGAGUGUAACAUGCAUCCCAAGUAUCUCCAUCGGGACUUUCUCUUUCGUCGUCUGAACUAUGGCAAUAAAACACAUCUUAAUGUAUCGAUCACAGUUACCGAAGAUAAUAAAGCGGUUAUUAAUGUGGCGCUUGAUCGCUCAGAUCGUAGUUAUUACGCUUGUGAUGGCGGGUGCUUGGAUGAACCAGUUUUACUAACUCAAAGCCGUCGCCAGUUCCCGGUCAAAUUAACCGAGCCUCUGACAGCAAUUUUAUAUAUUACAGAGGAUAAACAACACAUGGAAGAGCUUCAUAAGGCUAUACAUGUUAGAGAAGUAGUUGAAGCUCCUGCGCACGAACAGCACUUAAUCGCGCUUCAUAGGCACGGCCAUCAAUUAGGUGGUUUGCCUACACUCUUCUGGGUAUCAGUGUGUGCAAUAAUUAUAGUAUUUCAUGCGUUCCUGUGUAAAUUAAUUAUUAAGGAAUAUUGCGAGCCAUCGGAAAAGUUGAGAUAUCGAUAUAAUAAACCAUGACUAUGAAAAAUACAAGUAUGUUGUGUGUAUAUUUACGAUUGUAGUUAAAUUUAAGAUUAUUUGAGCUUAUGAUGAUAGCUAGAUCAAUGUUUUAAUUUGUUUGAAUUGCUCGCUGCGCUUUGCAUUACUCUUAUGCAAAUACAUAUCUAUGUAUAUUUUUAUGUAUUGUAUAUUUUGUUUUGAUAAAAAGCAUGCAGAUGAAAUUUGAAACUUUAGUAAUUAUGUGUCUGAACUUAUACUAAUGAAAUAAAUAUAUUAUGAUCGUGCUACCUAGAUAUUUUAGUAUACUAGUUUUAAGGUGCAUGGUAUGUUCGUAAGGAAACGUUAAGAAAUGUAUAUGUUAUAUUAGAACAGUAUUCAUAUACGCAAAAUGAUGUAAUAAGUUCUUAGUCGGCAUUCAAAUUAUGUGUUUGUUGAGCGAGCAAGACAAUAAAAUUAAUAAUGGAUGUAGACAUGAAAAGUUUUAAUGAUUCAAUGAGAUAAGGUCGAAUCGACGUCAUUUAUAGGCAUAAUAAAUUUGUAAAUUAAAUGAUUUAUCGCAAAAGUUUAGUUAGUAUAACUUCUUUUAUUAACAAAAUUUAUGUAUUAUAAAAAUCAUAACAAUAUUUAAUAAAUAAAUAAUAAUAUUUACAUGUAAAAAUGGCUAA